AUGCAACGUCACGAGUACAGAAAGACGAACAGAGGUGGUGAAGACAAUGAUGGUUGUCCGGGAGAGGAGAGAAUCCCGCCAACUCUUGAGCUGUGUUCUCUGACAUAUGGGGGAGGGGGAAAGAAGGCUCGAAGACAUCAAAUGUUAACAGUUGAUCUGCUGCAAGAGGCAUAA